CCCCGGCCCGCGCGCCUCCGCAUGCGCGUCCGCGGAGCUCCGGCCGCGGGCCCCCGAAGGCGGCCGAGCGAGAGCCGGCGCGCAGCCCGCCCUGGACCCCGACGCGCACACGAGACGGACCCGAGGCGGCGGCUUCCGUCGCGUCAUUGCAGGAUGUUCUGGAAGCUGUCCCUGUCCCUGUGCCUGGUGGCCGUGCUGGUGAAGGUGGCGGAGGCCCGCAAGAACCGGCCUGCGGGCGCCAUCCCCUCGCCCUACAAGGACGGCAGCAGCAACCACUCGGAGAGAUGGCAGCAGCAGAUCAAGGAGGUGCUGGCGUCCAGCCAGGAGGCGCUGGUGGUCACCGAGCGCAAGUACCUCAAGAGUGACUGGUGCAAGACGCAGCCGCUGCGGCAGACGGUGAGCGAGGAGGGCUGCCGCAGCCGCACCAUCCUCAACCGCUUCUGCUACGGCCAGUGCAACUCCUUCUAUAUCCCGCGCCACGUCCGCAAGGAGGAGGAGUCCUUCCAGUCGUGCGCCUUCUGCAAGCCCCAGCGCGUCACCUCCGUCCUCGUGGAGCUCGAGUGCCCUGGCCUGGACCCUCCCUUCCGACUCAAAAAGAUCCAGAAGGUGAAGCAGUGUCGGUGCAUGUCCGUGAACCUGAGCGACUCGGACAAGCAGUGAGCACCUGCGGCGGGCCGCCGCUCGCCCUGAGCGCCGGUCCCCGGGCCGCCGCCGCCUUCGUCCCCGUCCUCUGAGCCCACGCACGCGCUGCCCCGUGGCCCGCCCCGCAGCCAGCCACGCUUCCUGGGGCGCACGGCGCCCUUGCCACACGCGCGCCGCGCGGAGCGUCGCCGAGGCGCUCCCGGCCGACCGCGGGCCCCAUACGCGCGUCCCGCGCCGGCUGCGAUUCCGGCCCGAGGGCCGCGGCUGGAAGGAGAGGACCUUUGCGGGGCUGCGCUGCCGACGGGGCGCUGAUGUUUCCACCGUGUGGAAAAGCGAGUCCUUCCCCGGCCUCACCCUACACUCCAGCCCCCCUUUCCCAGGAGGUGAAGGAGGCGGCCCUCGCCUCUCCCGCGGGGCCCGGGCGCUCCAGCUGCGGGGUUCCCUGGGGAAGGGAGGGCUGCCCUCGCGCCGCUGUGAUGCGGGGCUCGGACAACCGGUACGCAGGGAGGGUCUCCUAACAAGCCCCACACCCGAGAAGACGACUUGAGCCACUGGGAUCACGAAAUGGGCUUCCCUGGGGACCUUGCUCACAGCAGGCCACACUCUCCCCACCCCCAGCCACCACCCCCUCUUCCUCCUCACUCUCCCCCAUCUGUGGACUCAGAUGAACUCUGGUGUGCAUGCUCUUAUCGCUGCAGUUAGAAUACUAUUACACACAAAGGUCUCCAUAUUACGCUGGUUUUGUAAUUGACCUGUAUUGUAAAGAACUGUUAAGAAGCACUAUAGACCUAUCCAUGUAUCGUUUCACGAGUUUGGGCUCUGGCUUUGCAGCACCAUUCUGAGUAAGACUCGCGAGGGGUCUCACUCAGCAGUAACGCCUGGUCAGAGUCACCGUCAGGCACCUGUUCUUAGAUUGGGCAGGGAGACGGCAGGCGAUUUUACAAGGAAGGCUGUUUCCCUGAAGGUACUAAGGCAUCGCAGCACAGUGUAGGAAGGGGGUUGAGAUGGACGGGGGUGUAGGCUGGGACUCACUGGGAAGUCGUCCACAGGGAACUGAAAAGCCCUGCUUUGUUUAAUAUGCGUAUGUGGUGUGAGAAGGUAUACUAUUUUACUGCCAUGACACUAAACAAGAAAUAUUUCCUGGUGAAAGAGAGAAAUAUUUAAAUAUAUAAGGAGUCAGGUCACUUUGUGGUGUAGGAGGGAGUAAAAGAUAAAACAUAGAGACUAGAAAUCUAGCUAAGCUAUCCUACAGAAGCUUCCUUUUCAAAAAAUGGACUUCUUUUUUUUAAAAGGAUGAUCGAACAUCAGCUUACCUUUCAUUUUUGUAAUGAAUCAUUGAGGUUUUCAAGUUGUGGUCUCUUGGUAUAAGAAAGCUGACAUAAUUUAUUUUCUGGCAAAAUUAUACUUACUUUGAGUCCCUUCACUAAGUUGCCCCACAGAGGCCUCCCUGUGAGUCAUGUUCACGCAGUCUGAUAAAUGUGAAUGAGAUACCAUUGGUGGGAAUCAGCACACUUUGAAAACCUUUCAGGAAUGACUUCUGAGUCUCAGGUGCUGCUGCCAAGGGCACUCAGAAAGGCCCAUUUCCAGGUUCGUGAGACCUUCUACAAACUGCUCGGGGAACUGAGGCUUCCUGACAUUAGACGCUGUCCAGAGGUGUUCACCUGGAGAGCAAGGUGUGUGGCACGUCCCUGAAUCCAUUUCCUGCCCCUGCCCCGCGGGUUUCCUUGCUGUCUUUUCUGUAUCUCCACGAGACCUGAGCAGAACGUGCUGUUGUAAAAGGGGGCAUUGGUUUUAGAAAUGGGUAUAUACGGCCCUAAAUCAGGAGGCAGAACUCCACAGAAAUCCUUGAAGGCUGGAACCUUGGGAUGGAAAGAAAGCGUGGAGAGCGUGUCCACAUUCAGAAUUUAUUUUUGCAUUAAAUGGAAAACCUCAAGUCAGACUCAGUGCAGAACACACGGCAGAAAAGCUGUGAAGGAAGGAGAAGGAGGUCCACAGGACUGUAAUGGAGGCUAAUGGAGCAGAGUAGGGUGGGAGUGGAUGGGAGACUGGCUGACUGCAAUGCCAAGCCCGUUUUAUUAACACAUAACCCAGGCAGAUAGAGGAAGGAUUAAGCUAUGAACUCACAGAACACAC